UAUAACUUUUAAAAAAACACUUUCAAGAUUUCUCUGCACAUCCUAAAUUGAAAGACGCUUUUACAUCUUCGCUUUUCGAUUAUUUUCCACGUUUUAAAAAGAUGCAAAAAUGUUUUGAAGGAAUCAUGACACACAAUAUCCCAGAUUGUUUAGUAAUAAUAAAUCCAAAUCAAAAUUCCAUGGCUAUACUUGAAGCUAAUCAAUUACAAAUACCUAUUGUAGCUUUGGUGGAUUCUAAUAUUCCAACCAUUACUGACUAGAAACAUACC